CACCCCCUGCUAGAGGACAUCAGCCCAUCUGUCCUCCAGAGCCUCCAGGCUGCAGAGGAACAUGCGGACAGCGGCGCUCCGGCCGGCCGCCGCGCUGGCUCUCUUUGCCGCAGCGCUGUGCGCGUCUCGGGCCGAGGUGAUCGAUGACAUCCUGGGCAGCCUGUCCCGCGGCGUGUCGUUCCUGGAGCGGCAGCAUGAGCACAUCAACCUGGACGGGGCGGUGGGCUUCGUCAUGCUGCAGGCCGAGCUGAAGGAGGCGGUCCGGACUUGGCCUCACACCGACCCGGUCAGCUGGGCUCAGAGGACCACCGCAGUCGCUCUGCUGAAUCGUCUCGAUCAAAGCCUGGAGAAGGCGGUCGCCGCUCUGAAGCUCAAUGACCCCAAAUACUACAGAGAGUUUGAACCCCUGCUGACUUGGACGUUUUGGAUGAUUCCUCGGGAGUGGCGCUCCACAGAUCCCAGUCUGGUUUAUCCCUCCACCCUGACCUCCGAGUGUUAUGACGAGCAGCUCAGUGACAAGUGCCUGACGCUGCUGCUGGGGACCUGGAAGAUGAACGGGACGCCCUGCAUCGUCACCAAACCCUGCCGGGACACCAUGACUCGUUUCGGUUGUCCACAUUAUUCUCUGUCCCACCAGCUCCUCUACUUUAUGAUUGGCCGAAUGAGAGGCUGUAACAACUUGUUGAAAGGUGACACUCGUGCAUCCCGAGCCAACAUGACCGAGCAAAACUACCAAGACAUCUUCUGCUCCAACAUGAUGAAGGCCAACCAGGACAUUGUUGCAAACGGUUUAACCGAGCAAACGGUGGACAUUUUCAUUGAAAACAUCCUCAUUUGCGGAUUAACUGGUUUCUCUGACUUCCACAAAACCGACUGGCUGCAGCACAUCCUCCGGCUGCAAGACGAUGAAGUCGGCUGCUUCGGGAGGGACAGGAGCUUCGUCUCACAGAUUAUUGGCGAUGAGCUUCUGGAGCAGCUGCAGCCUCACAGGAGAGUAAAACGGAGGGAGAAGAUACUUCCUGAUGGCUGCUCCAGUCACAUGACGGCGGUGGCGGUCGGCGCUCUGGGAGGAUACCUGAGCUUUCACCUGGCAGAGCAGGACAUAACCAAGAGGCCGCUGUCCUGAACCGCAUAUUUUAUGAACAUAUUUGUGAUGGUGACUCUUUAAAGAUAUGCUAGGAAGUUUGUGUCUUUGUCCACAUAAAAUAGGGUUCAUGUUAGCUAGUAUAUUGACAUUUAU